AUGCAGCGACUCGCUCUCCUCUGGCGGCUGCUCCCGAAAACCAGGAACCCCCCAGCCAGCUACAUCCCCCUCACCACCCAGCCACACCCCCACCCAGACCGACAACCAACCACCAGGACGACCCCCCGGCCAUGGCUCCUCGCCACCCUCGCCCUCGCCCUCGGCGCCCUGCUCGCCCUCUGGCUGGCCUCCGCCGCCCCGCGGCCCCUGGCGCCCCGCCUCGAGCAGCUGCCCGACGAGGCCGACCCGGCUGAGUGCGACCCGUUCAGGAUGCCCGGCUGGCUCGACACCGACCCCGCCGACAUCCUCCGCAACCUCUGGACGCCCUUCGACCCGCGCUGCCCGCCCGCCUCCCUCCUCACCCCGCUCCGCAACGACCUCCAGCACUUCUACAUCCAGAACCCCCACGCCCGUCCGCCCCUCGACGCCCCCGCCAAGUUCGCCCUGCCCUGGCUCGUCAACAGGACCGUCGUCCUCCUCGGCGACUCCAUCGAACGCUUCCACGCCCGCGACUUCUGCGACAUCCUCUCCGCCUCCACCGACCCCCCCUUCCAUCCGCUCUCCGAGAACGGCUUCACUCCCAGCCCGUCCAACUCCUCCACCCCCUCCCGCUCCUUCUUCGUCUCCAACGACACCCCCGACCUCAAGCCCCCCCGCUACCUCUUCGACCCCCUCCAUCCCGACGCCGUCCCGCCCGACUGGCCCGCCGACAAGCGCCAGCUCUACCGCGACCACCAUCUCGAAUGGGCCGACCGGGAUAACAUCCGCACCAGUCCCUGGGUCUGCGAGGUGCCGAGCUACGGCUUCCGGAUCGUCACGCUGUUCACCUUCGGGCUCGAGCCGUACGCCGGGGGCGCGUUCUAUGCGGACCAAGACUGGUACAUCACGCCUGCGAAGUUCGAGGACAAGCUGACGCACACGCUGCGGCCGCUGCUGGCGAACCUGGCCCGGGCGCGCGGCCAGCCGGGGAUCAUGGCGCCCGACCUGCUCGAGCUGAACUCGGGGCUGUGGGACCUCCGGCAAUGGUCGGAGGAGGACGGGCGGACGGCGGGGGUGGCGCUGGACGACACCAGCGAGCUGGUCUAUGCGCCCCUCAGCCGGGCCCGGCUCGGCUGGUGGAAGGAGCGCAUGCUCGCCCUCCUCGCCGCCGUCCACGCCGCCUUCCCCGCCCCUCACACCCCCAUCCUCUGGCGCUCCCUCCACCACACCCGCAGACACUCCGUCGCGCCCUACUCCAGGGUCGAGCAGCUCGACCAAUUCGCCGCCUCUAUCGUCCGCCACAUCCAGGCCGACCCCGCCGCCCCCGACCCCGCCCUCGCCGCCCGCCUCCGCCUCGACUCCUGGGGCCGCAAGAUGCUCGGCUUCGAGAACCACUUCCGCGACCCCGUCCAUCCCAAGGCCGUCCCGGGAAGCGUCCUGUGGAGCGACAUGAUGCUGUGGCAGUCCGUCCCUCUCCCCCCUCUCUUCCUGUGCACGAGCCCCGCCUGA